GAAUGAAUAAGAGCUUUGAUAUUACUUUAUUCUGAAGUUAAAACUGUGUUUGGUUAACUGUUGGAAACGUUUAUCGAGUUGAGUUCAAUCUGGAUUUUUCCGGAUUGUUAGAAAAUUGCGCCAUAACUGAACAUCUUUAGAAUAUCCACCGGCAUCCAAACAGAUUCGUAUUCUGUUGGUUAACAAACGAAGCAAGAUCAACAAAAAUGGCAGCACCAAACAUUCCUACUUUUAAGCUUGUAUUGGUUGGAGAUGGUGGUGUUGGCAAAACAACUUUUGUGAAACGUCAUUUGACUGGUGAAUUUGAGAAAAAAUAUGUUGCCACACUGGGUGUUGAAGUGCACCCCUUAAAAUUCCACACUAACCGUGGCGAGAUCUGCUUCAAUGUCUGGGACACUGCUGGCCAGGAGAAGUAUGGAGGGCUCAGAGAUGGAUACUACAUCCAAGGUCAAUGUGCAAUUAUCAUGUUUGAUGUUACAUCCAGAGUCACGUACAAAAAUGUGCCCAACUGGCACAGAGACUUGGUUAGAGUGUGUGAAAAUAUCCCAAUUGUUCUAUGUGGCAACAAAGUUGACAUCAAAGACAGAAAAGUGAAAGCCAAGGCCAUUGUUUUCCACAGAAAGAAGAAUCUCCAGUACUAUGACAUCAGUGCCAAGAGUAACUACAACUUUGAGAAGCCCUUCCUCUGGCUGGCAAGGAAGCUUGUUGGUGACCCCAACCUAGAGUUUGUGGCUAUGCCUGCUCUAGCUCCCCCAGAAUUCAUCAUGAGUGCAGACUUGGUUAAACAGACCGAACUGGAGCUUGAGCAAGCUGCAAAUGUUGCCUUACCAGAUGAUGAUGAUGAAUUAUAAUGAAAGGUUUACCACCCUCUUAUUUAUCAACAGUGAUAAUGAUAUUGGAACAGACUGUGUUUUCAUAUCGAAUGUAACUCAACUGCAUAGAUUUGGGCCAACAAAUCUGUCUUUAUACACAUGUAUAAUCAAGCAGAACUUGAAAUUUAAAGAAACUUUUCGGGAAAGGCCAUUCAAUACGAGAUCAAUUUCUUGCAUUUCACAGUAACAGAGAUCUUCCUACGCACUGGAAAUCUAUGUUGUAGUUAUCGUUUAAAAGAAUAUAUAGCUAUGCUCAAAUUUAGCCUUUGUCUAAUUUUAAAUCGUAUGAGAUGUAUUUAAGUAGGAAAAUGUCUGUAACUUAAAAUGUUUUAGAAAAACAUGAGUUUGUAUAUUUUUGUGAACGGAUCAGCACAAGCGUAUGUACUUGUUUUUCUCUUGAACAUGAUACAAUUCAGGGAUUAAAAGUUGAGUCUGUUCUAAGACUUGGGUAUACAGAUUUUUGUGGGGGGCUGCAUUGUUUCAAAAACAAUAAAACAAAUACAUACUGGUACUCAUUAAUAAGUAACAAAGUUACAGAUGCAUUUCAUUGAUGGUUUUUUUUUACAAUUUGAACAAACAAAUCCUGUAUUAUGAAUUUUGAAAGGUUUUUAAAUAUAUACAAUUGUAACGUUUCAUUUAUUCAGAUUUUUGAAAUGCAACUGUUUACUUUGUGAUUUUCACUUAUAGCUCAUUUUCUGUAAAAAAAAUAAUGGCCAGUGGCUCGACUUGCCUUAAAAGUUUAUUGGGUUAAAAAGGAAAAUUCCUACUGUAAUUUUACUUUUAGCUUUUAUAGAAAUAACCGAAGAUGGAAAAGAAACAGUUGAGCAACUGGCCAUUGUAAAGAAACAAAAAAAUAUGAUUAUGCAAAGUAUAUUAUGAUGUAUUAUUUUGCUGCGAAGAUUUUGUAUUUGGCAAAUAUCUUGAUAGCUGUAAAGUAUAUCAUGUUUGCUUUCAGAUUUUGAUGCUUCUAUGCUUUAUACCAUUGAAAUUGUUAACUAACAUUAUUUGCUCUUGAGAUGUUUUCAAAAAUAAAAGGAAGCGAAAUAAC